UGAAUCUGCAAAGAGAGAAUCGGAAGUUUGCUCAGUCAGCUGAUAUAUAGAAAAGGCCUAAAAUUGAACUAGCAGAAAUGCUUGGCAACCAGCAAUAUUUAAUCGAUACUCGCGAAGGAAUUUUAACAGGCCAAGAGUGUUAACACGUGAAAAUGAGUAAACUAGACGACUUGCUGGGCAAAAAGAAAACAGUGGUUCCCGUUUUGGACCUCAGUCGCAGCAAUAUCCAGACCGUGGAGGAGUUCAAACGGCUGCUGGAGAAGGUGCCCGACUACAAGAUGCGGCCGGUGAAGGUGCGCGCCGAGGAAAUAAAGAUCCGGGAGAAGGACUACGCCUUCAAGAUGCCCAAGAAGGAGAUGCGAAAGUUGUUGAGGGCAAAUGGCGAGCGGGAAGCGAUGUACAUCUAUGCGGAUCCGGUGCCCAGCGAAAUGAAGGACGUGGUGCUGAUGGAACUCUGUGCCGUGCCCAUCGACUGGAAGAUGCUGACCACUUUGAGGCCGAAAAACAAGCAGGAAGAGGAGUACUUCAGCCGAAUGGUUGAGAUGGGAAAGUUGGAACUGAAAACCGAGGCCCGCGAUCGCCGAGAAUUUGCCCUGAACAACUGUGUCAAGAAAAUCAAGAAUAAAUCGGGCAUUGUGGAAACUCGACUGAUGACCUGCGAGUCCUGCGGCGAGGAAAUGUGUUGUGGCAAGUCUUGCGGUGAUUUCAACUAUGAUCUGUACAUUCGUGUCGAGGCCCGGGUGGUUAAGCCCAAACCGGCCGUUUUGGCCUCCAACAAGGCCAAGUUAAAUGGUCGCAAAAAGUCAACGGUGGGCGGCACCAAGAUCAAGGUCAAAAAGUCGUCAAACAAAAGCAGUUAGAAAAACUGAAUGAAAAAAUAUUAUUGUAUGAAUAACAAAUAUUCAAAAAAUGUCCUUAACAACCAUAAUUAUUCGCUACUAUACUUGUAACAUUUUUUUUAUAAAUAACACUCAUAUACAACUCAAAUGGAAGUUAUUAAUUUAUGAGAAUUAAAAACUUAUGGAAUUUUUAAGUUGUAAACACAUUAAGCCAUGUGUAGCAUUUAAUAAAGUUGCUAAUUAAUCAAUAUUUUUCAUUCCUUUUAAAACCAAGGUGUUAAAUAAAAGAACCUAAAUUUAAUUAUAGAGCAAAACACAUACAAGCUACCACACUAUCAACAAAUUUGGCCAUUUAUAUUGAGCGUUUUACACGUUAUUUACUACCAAUAAAGUU